AUGGGAGAGUCAAGCACGGAAUCUGCCCCGGCAGAUCCUGGCCCGGUGCGGGCUUUACCCUCCAUUGGCUCGGCAGCGCAUGGGGUCGAUUGCCGACCUUGUGCCUGGUUCUGGAAAAGUGAAGGAUGCAAGAACGGCAAGGCAUGCAGGCACUGUCACCUGUGUCCGGAGGGCGAGAUUCGACGUAAGAAGAAGAUGAAGCAGGAAGACAUUAAACAAGCCGUGGCAUCGCAGCGUGCUCAACAGCAACUACAGGACCACCUCGUGCAGAUGCAGAUGCUUCAGCAGAUGCAGGCAUCCAUGAUGGUGGCGAACAUGGUCCAGAUGUCACAAGCAGCAUUUCAACCCUUCUCGUGA